GAGCUUGAAAACUCAACUUAGGCACGCUGGCUCAGAGGGUGAUCAACAGGGCAGUGCCUAAGUGUGCUGAGAAACCAAGCAAAUCCAUCAAGAUAGUCCUUAAAAUGGAUACAUUAACAGAGGAUUUAUCACGGUCCGAUGUUGAAGCUGAGAUGACAAUGUUGGGGGCGGAUGACGGUGCAGAACAAAAUGCUGAAGCAAGUGACGAAGUGGAGAACCUUCAAAACAGUUUACGCGAGGCCGUCCAUGAUGACAGCGUCCGACCUAAAAUGCAGUGCCUGAUGAUGGAUACCUCUUUCUCCAUGGUAACCAUGCAAGGCGAGGACAGCGGGAUUGCGUGGGAAACGACCGCAAGUCGCUGUGCCACACCAUGGACACCAGAAGCUGGAACAGUGGAUGUUAGCUUACCAGCUCCAGUACGACCAGGAGCACCAGGGUCUCAGCCUGCAGGGAAAAUAAUAUUUGUCAUGGAUGAAAAGAUGAUUGCAAGACAGAGAAGACCUAAAGAAAGGGUGAACAAUCAAAGGAGCAAAGCAGAAAGACAGCAAGCAGAGUCGGAUGAAACCUUUGACAGCGUUUCAGGACGACCAGAGUUGAUGGAGGUGUCUCAACCAAAUGUUAAAAUGGAAAGUGAAGAAGAACAUGAUAAAGCGAAUGAUCUUCUUGAGGACAAAGAGCAGCGUUUGUUUAGUAUAGUGUCCGAAGGUUCGGAAAUCCUCAAUAUUGUCGUCCCCCCUAAAUUUGCCACAGUGGAUGAAGAGGAAAGCAAAGAAAUGGUGGACAACCUGUCAUAUUUGGAGGAGAGUCCAGUUCCUAAAGUUAAUGAGGAGACUCGAGACAAAGACUUGCUAUUCUCAGCAGAAUCAGAUGAUCAGUGUAAGCUUUUACCUCAAGGUCAAUGUCUAAUGGACCCACCAGGGGCUCCAGUGGCCAGGUCUCCAGCAAGAGGAGCAACUGGGAAUGUUGACUACUUUGAUGCGUUCGCUCUCAUUGAUGCCCAGGCUCCAGGGAGUCCUGCUGUGAUUACACAUGGGCAAGAGGAGCAUGAGGAAAAGAGAGCCACCAACAGCCUGGAUAAUGAGAAACCAGCACCAGUUGAAAACCACACAAUGACCAAAGUUGUGGACACUGAUAAAUCAGACACAGUAAGUUUAGAGGAAAUCACCAGUGACCUUCUAGAUGACGUUUUCUAUGGCAGUACAGAAAGCUACACUUUAAAAAGCCUUGAUAGUACAUGUGAAGUUGGAGGAGCAGAAGGUCCAACAUUCAGGCUUGCUUCCAAACCAAGUGGUUCAUCUUUGUUUGGGAGUCAAGAGGACAUCCUGACACCGAUCUUCCUACCAGAAGGCCCGCCAAAAAUUAUUGACCAAAUCUUGCUGGAAGAGCCAAAAGCCAUGGCGUUCCUUUACACUGACCUGUAUGAGGAAGCAGUGGGCAGCAGGCAAAAGGAUGAGGAUGCAGAAAGCAUGACGUCUGAGAAAUCUUUCCAUAGCAGGCAUUCGGACCGAGAGGCCAGAGGAUAUUUAGAGAAGUAUGUCCUCAUUGAUGAGACUCCUGCGGUAGAGACGGUACAGCAAGUUAAAGAAGAAUUAACUGCAGAAGAACUUCGGACUCUGCCCCAAGAUAUGUAUGACUUUGAAGACAUGAUCACCAAGUCUGAAAAACAAGGAAAGCCAAACUUAGAUGAAAUCACAGACUUCUUCAGGUCCAGUGGCAAUUCUUCUCCCUGUGAUAUCGAACCUUUCCCUCGAUCACUAGAAGAUGAUGACAUGGAGACAACAGCAAAGAGUAGUAUCAAGACUCAAAAAAGAGUCUCCAUAGCUGUAGAAAAAAUCUCAGAAGCUCCAGUAGAUCCUCAUAGCUUCUCAAGCUUUGAGUUCCCACCAGAAGAACUAGACUGGGAAGGUAUAGACAAUAGUCCUGCAGCCCUGGAUGAAAAAUAUGUUGGAUUCCAAAAUGAAGAAGUAUUGGGGAAGCAAGACUCAGAGCUUAACAAGCCAGAUGUCCCUCCAAGGAAGAAGACUCCAUCCUCUCCUAAAACAUGCUUGGAUCUAACACCUCUGACUCCGGUUGAUAUGAUCACACAGGAAAAUGAGGAGGCAGGAGGAAAAGAGCACAGGGUGGAGGAGAAAGAGACAGCAUCCCCACCAGAGACUGCUGACGAAGGCGAUGGAAACGGAGAGGACAUUUUGCCAGACAGCCCUGAAGUUGCACCACUUGAAAGCCCUCCAGCUGGGCUAAAAUCCUGUCCCUUGAAGAGGGAACGGGCAAAAGACUCUGAUGAGAUCACUGUCUUAGACACUACACCGGGAGAAGACAAAGAAACAAAAACAGAUGAAGAAGACGAAAGAAGUGAAACCCAAACAGCGACAACCCAAAGUGGACUUAAAGAGACAGAGGUUGAGGUGGAGGUUAAUACUGAGAAACAAAGAGAUAGUUCCGCCAUGUCAUCAGUUGACCCUGCUAAAAACAAGAGGCAAUGUGUAAUACUUUAGUGUAGCCAAUAUAUAUAUAUAUAUAUAUAUAUAUAUAUA